AUGGCGCCUGAGCCUCCUACCGUCACACUUCACCCCCGAGAGGUACUACGAAACGUUGCAGAUGCGCUCAAUCGCCGACAUAACGAAUUGGCCGUUACACUCCCCAUCAACUCUACAUGGGUGACUGCUCUAAGGGCUGUCGAGGAGGCUAUUGCCGGCGUUGGUGAGGAUAUCGUGCUGAUGCUGCGUGGUAUACGGGGUCCGAAGGUGCGUGAGCUGGCUGUUGUAACCCCAUCUUGGGAGCAAGCCUGUCCAGGACGAACCAUAUACGGACAAGAGAUCCGUACCGCCAUUACACUUUCCGGCAUGGAUUUACUCCCCCGGAGAACUCAGGAAAUGCGGGAGAAAAUCCGUGAGAUGGCCGAAAAGACCAGAGACGAAGGCUUCCGCGAGCCAUACGUUGUGCUCCGAGCGGAAGUUUUAGAAAGAUCUAUCCCUACUAUCCAUGCCAAUAUCUUUCUCCGUGCCAUAGAUGGUGAUGAUGAGAGUCCGGUCGAGGUGUUGAAUAACAUGGCAAUGAUUUUCGAUACCGGAGCGCACCGAACGAUAAUCGCCGAACUCCUCCUCCCUCAGUCAUUCCGUGAAUCGCUACAUGAUCCUAUCCACGAUCCAUAUCGGGAUCAGCAUGGGGUCAUAGUGCAGUUAGAUAUUGAGAUGGCUUUCACCAAUUGUGCUCUCCCUCUGACCACGUCGGUCCUGAUUGUACCACAGGCCGAAAUGCCCAAUUCUUUGGUGGGCGUGUUGUUUGGCCAAACCGGUGGGAUUGACCAUCUUAGACUUCAAAUGAGACCCCGCAAUAUCCUUCAGGCGAAGAGAGAGCAGAUUCCAGAAAAUGUUUGGGGUGACAUUAUCCUCGACGAGUAUGUUGAUCUUUAUGGAGCUGUGCAUGCUCUGUGA